AUGUUCCCAUGGCCGCCUUCCUCACAAGGCAGCUGUCUAGGGCUUUUCCUUUAUAAUACCCCUUGUCCAUUUCCACCAAAUCUCCGAGGCCCUUUUGUCUCUUCUUCUGGAUAGGAUCCCCACCUCCAGUAUUGCUCCGAUGAGUACCAUCCGGCUGGUAAAGUUCGUUCCUUUCGCUUCAACUGGAGGAGAAACCGAAACAAUCAAAGCAGAGCAGGCUCUGCAACCUAACACUGAGGGAUGCUCUAGCUGCAACAAUUUCCUCCGGGAAGGUAACCUUUUAUAGCAGGUCAAAGUCAAUUUUGUGGACAAAGGGGGAGACCACCAAGAAUUUUCAUGACAUUUUUCUUCAUUGUGAUCGUCACUCAGUAUACACUUGCAACUUUUUCAUUGGACUAAGUGGGCCUACUGGUCAUGUUCUCUGCCUGGAUUUUACCCAAUCUGAGUUCUACUUAGUUGAAAACUCUUUUCAGAUAAUUUUACCUUGGUAAGCCUGAUGGCCCUAGCUCCCACACAGCAGCAGAAACUUGCUAUUACACAUUGGCAUUCAAUCUGUUGAAGGAGCAACAGGUUUGUGGCUCCAAUACUUAACAGGCACUAUUCAUUUAUUAAUCCUACAUUACAAUAGAUCCACCAUAACUUGUGAGUUUAUGGUGAAUUUUUAUAUGGUUUAUGACAGGUUAAAGAAAACAAAUUAGCAUUGACAACUUUGUAUUCGUUGGAGUCUGCAAUUUCGCAGUGACAGGCAGAGUUACAACUUACAAGGAUCACAAAAUGAAAUACCAUCAUGGACUAAACAAUUACUUUUAAACAACCAAUUGUUACGCUCGAAAAUCAGAUACUUUAGUCGGUUUCAUUUUGUUUCUGACAUUACUGCAUCAAGAAAGAAUGGAAAUAAAAACCAAU